CCCCGCCGCCCCGCCCGGUGCCGGAGCGCAGCGCGGGCAGCGGCCGGGCCGGGGCGGGCAGCGGCGGCUCGGCCAUGGUGGGGCGGCUCAGCCUUCGGGAGGUGCCCGACCUCCCGGACAUGAGGAAACGGGGCGAUUCUGGCCUCGACAGCCCCGAUUCCGGCUUGCCCCCCAGCCCCGGCCCGGCCCCGCCGCCUUGGCUGCUCUCCUCGGGCAGCCCCGACCGCGCCGCCAACGGGAUCGCGGAGCCCGAGCCGCCCGCGCCCUCCGCCGCCAGUUCUGUGUUCUCCCCCAGCCCCAUUCUCUCCAGCUGCCCUCCAAGAUUGUGUCCUUUAUCCUUUGGAGAAGGAGUUGAGUUUGACCCUUUACCAGCCAAGGAAAUAAGGUACACGUCGCAGGUGCGCUACGGCUCCGAGCGGCGUUUCAUCGCGGCCGUGUUCCUGCCGCAGGGGCUGCGCGUGGCCGGCUGCAGCCAGAGCGUGCUGUGCGUGCCCGACUGCUCGUGGCGGCGCUACCGCAGCGAGGUGCGGCUGCAGCCGCGCCACCGGCCCCAGCGCUUCGCCUGCACCACCAUCGUCUACCCCAAGCACGCCCGGACCGUCUGCACCACCACGCUGGACUACAACUGCCGCAAAGCCGCGCGCCGCUUCCUGGCCAGCGUGGAGCUGGAGAGCUCCGAGAGCCCCGGGGACGGCUGCUGACACAGCCCUGCUGCGCGCCCACCCGCUCGCACACACACCCACCCACCCACCCACCCACCCAUCCAUCCAUCCAUCCCUGCUCCUGCUCCCCGGCUCGGCACCGCAGCCCCGCCGCGGCUGGUUUGCUGUGGGAGCCUGGCGUGGGUUCCCCUCUCUCCUUCCCCGCAGCAAUCAGGUGAAAAUAGCAGCUGGUGGUUUCCUGCAGGUAAGGGGGAGUGUGGAGUGGUGGCUGGCAGGUGGAGAUCCCUGUGAUGUGCAAAAAGUCCUUUUUACUUUUGCUGUCCUGCAGAGAACCCUCCAGGUGUGGUUACACACAGGGCUGUCAGCUGUUUCGGUUGGAAAUUGCUGGGAAACAGAGAAAAACCCGGAACUGUGCAUUUAACACAUACCAAAAUGUUAACACACAUCUUGUGCAAAGGUGUAAAUUGGGAGGAAGAGGAGUUCUGAGCAGAGCAGGAGACAAACUGCUUCUGCAGCUGCAGGCACAGAGACAGGACGGUGUGAUUGCAGUUCUCUGGGUGCUGAGGGAGCUGCACCUGUGUUCUGUGUGACACACAAGUGUUUCUGUGCCUGCAGCAGCGCUUGGAACAGAGAAUACCAGGCCAGGAAUUAUCCCUGUGUUGUUGGAUCUUGGUGAUGUGGAGGUGGAAAACCACAAGUGCCUUGUUCUUACCCACGCUGGCUGUGUGCACUAAAGGAGCUGUGAGCAGAGCAAGGUUCAGAUGAAGUGCUGGGCAGAGGGACCCAGGAUGGCAAAGGAGGUGCUGGCUUGGGUGUGAGACCCUGUUGUGGUGGGGCUGGGAGGAGGGAAGCAGGAGCAAGGUUUGUAGUGCACAGCAGAACCCACAGCUGGAGCUCUGCUUCCCCACUGAGCUGGUACAAAUCCCUGUCCUUGGGUUGGGGAUGUCACUGGGAUGGGGCAGCCUCUGCCUGUCUGCAGGCUGCUGGAAAACCUCUCCUGAGAGCGUGGUGAGUUUGGGGACCAAAGGGAGUCGCUUCAGAUCCUCUGAAAGUUCUGUCUGGGUGUUAUGUGUGUUUGUUUGUCGUGUGCCUUGAUGGAAACAAGACAGAGAGGUUUCCUUCCUUCCCCAGAUUUAUUCUCCUGUGUUGACAGAGCGUAGUGCGGAGAGCAUCUGCUUUGGGGAGCGUGGGUUGUGCUGCUUUUUUGUGUGGUGUAGCCUCUCAGAAACACCUGCUAGUCCUGUCUGAGCUGGGCUUUUCCACAUUUUCCAAAACUCUGAGGUGUGGGUGUGCAGCACCAGUCCUGGAGCAGCUCUUUCAGGAGGAUUGGCAGUGCACAGCCCCAGGGGUGAGUUUUGUCAGGGGCAGCCUCAGCCUGUUGCUGAGCUGUGCUUUGUGUGUUUGUGCAAGUGUGGUGGGUGGUGUGGGAGUGGGAGCUGGAAGGAGCUGGGAGAUGGAGAGUGCAGCAGGAAGGAAACCUGGAGUUUGUAUGGUUUGGGUGGGUUUUUUAUUGUUGCUGUUAGGGUUGUUUUUUUUUUUUUUUUACUUAUUUAUUAGCUCAGAAAAGAACACCCUUCUCCUUUGGUAGUUGCCUAAAACAAUCCCAGGAUGAGAGAGGACGGGGUGGCUCCGGAGCCAAGCGUCACCCUGGAACAUUUUGGUCUGGCAGGCUGCAAGGCUGGGCAGAUGUGUCUUAACCAGAUGGUGCAAUCCUGCCCAAAGUGCUGCCCCAGGAUGUCCCUGUGGUGUAACAGAAGGCCCAGCUCACCCCACAGCCCGUGGGGUUUCACACUUCCCUCUCUGGUUGCUCCAUCCCUCGCUCCCGGAGCUGCUGCUGCUGGACACAGAAUUCCAGGAGCACCUGGAGCCUGGCUUGCUCCCACAAAUGCUCUCCCAAUGGAUCCACUUGGAACAGACCUAAGAGCAGCUUGUUUUAAGUUGUAGCCAUUAGUCCUUCCUAGUUAGAAGUGAAAUAACCCACACAGUGCCCCUCACUCUCUGGUUUUAGGAUAAAGCACCUGAUUUUUAUAAAGCAAGCAAACUUAAUAUGUACCUCUUAAGAAUAUUUUAAUUGGUAGAGAUACCUUUUAAAUUAUUUAUGUUCCAACAUUUGCAAAGCUCUGAUUAGCUCUGUGCAAGUGUUCUGGUGUCUGUGAUGUUUCCCACCCCCUCCUUCUGAUUUUCAAUUUGUCUUUUACUUUAUUGGUAAUAAAUGAUCUGAAAACCA